CUUCAUUCUUUGUUUCCUUCACAUUUUUCUCCUUUGAUUACCCUACGAUCUUUCUCUCCGGUUUUUCAUUUAACUGGAUCGGCUAAUCCGAGAUUUCAGAAACGAUGUCGUAUUCAGAUUCCGACUCAUCCUCCGGCGCUGGUGACUACAAGAAUUUCAAGCAAAUCAGCCGAGAAAGAUUAUUAUACGAAAUGCUUCGUUUUGCAAAUGUGAAGGAUUCAAAAUCUACAUGGAAGGUGCUAAUCAUGGACAAAGUUACGGUUAAGAUAAUGUCUUACUGUUGCAAGAUGGCUCACAUCACAUCGGAAGUAGUUUCAUUGGUAGAAGAUAUACACAGACGUACGCAGCCAUUGCCAUCAAUGGAUGCUAUAUACUUCAUUAAACCAACCAAAGAGAACAUUGUUAUGUUCUUUUCAGACAUGCCUGGAAGGACACCCUUAUAUAAGAAGGCCUUUGUAUACUUCAGUUCACCUAUUCCAAGAGAACUGAUUGCACAUAUCACGAAGGAUUCAAGUCUUGCUGCCUCGAUAGGUGCAUUGAGUGAGAUGGAGUACUUUGCAAUAGACAGCCUGAAAGCAUCAAGGUUGCAUUUUGAGAUGCAAAUUUUGGUGAAAAAUGAAUCUUAUAAAGCCUUGUUCAUGCUAUAUCUUGGGAAGGAUAUGAGUUUCAUAACUGAUAAUGGGAAGGCUCUAGAGCACCUUUUUGGCCGCAAGGGUGAUGCAUGUUUGAAUGUGAUGGCUACCCACAUUGCUACAGUUUUUGCUUCAUUAAGGGAGUUUCCUUUUGUUCGCUACCGGGCUGCCAAGUCUCUCGAUCCAAUGACCAUGACUACAUUUCGUGAUCUAAUUCCCACCAAGCUCGCAGCUGGAAUCUGGAAUUGUCUUGUGAAAUGCAAAUCAAUUCCUAACUUCCCUUGGAAGGAAACAUGUGAGUUGCUAAUCCUUGAUAGAUCUAUAGAUCAGCUUUUCAUAUUUAAUAUUGGUUGCAGGAAGCAUGCAACUAGGAGCUUGUUGAAAAACUUGGCAAAGGAGAACUAUCAAAGGAUGAUUGAUUAUUCUUGCAUGAAUGAUCCUAGUCCAUCUUUCCAUGGCAUAUCUCAAGCUGCACCUAUACAUGAAGCUCCAGUUGCUCAUCCCAUUAGAUCGAGGAGGACACCGACAUGGGCUCGGCCUCGCAGCUCAGAUGAUGGUGAUUCAAUUCUAAGACACUCAUCGAGUGAUUUCAAGUUCAGCAAACGCAUUUUUGUGUUUAUAGUAGGUAGAGCUACAAGAUUUGAGCUAAGAGCCUGCCACAAGCUUAGGGGAAAGUUGAAUAGAGAAGUUAUUUUAGGCUCCACGAGUCUUGAUUAUCCUCUACAGUUUAUCACGAAAAUGAAGCAGCUGACAGCACAUGAACUGUCUUUGGAUGAUCUACAGAUAUAAUAGAAAUGUGGCUCCGUGCUCCAUUCUGAUUUGAUUCGUGAUCAUAGAUCUGUGGUGUUAUUUCAUUUCAAUGGUCACAUGAAAAAAAAGGCCGCCCCCUCUUGGCCAUGCCUCUCCAGAAUUCCUCAGCGUCAGAGCUUCAUUCUGGGCCAUGUAUUGUAAUUGAUGUGCAAGAGGAAGUCACCAAGAAAUUCGCCUGUAUAAGUGUUGUAAUUGAUGAGAAAUAACUAGUGAAUUUUGAAAACCUGAAACAUAAUUGAAGCCUAA